CAGCCCGCGGCGCGGACAGAGAUGACACAGAGCCUCGGUGGCUACCGCUGCCCUGAGCUACGGCUCUUCGCUCCUGUGUAGUUCUGAGGCCGGGUGGGCGCGAGGGCGAGGAGUCUCCUGGCGCCACCCGCGAGGAGGAGGGGGAGGGAGAGAGGGAACGGCGGUGGCGCUACUGCUGCCGCUUUCAGUCGGCUUCCCCGCAAGCGAGAGAGGCUACCCCGGGCUGCAGCCUUGCUAAGCGCCGCCCGGGAGCCCGCCUUCCCUGUGGAGAGGGGGCCGCUCGGCUGCUGGCAUGGUGGCAUUUGGACCGGCGGCGGCGGCGGGGCGCUGCUGAGAAAAAGCCCAGCCGGCGACCAGAGAGUGAAGGAGUGAGUGAAGCCAAGGCAGCCCAAGCGCAGCGCGGCUCUCCAGGCCGGGCCGCCACCUCUUUUAAUCGCUCGCCGUCUUUUCGGGGGCUUUCCCCGCCACCCUUUCCAAACCACAGCCGGGCCUGGCGUUCCCCGCAAGGCGUGCCUGCAGGCCCCGGGGAGGCCGCGGCGGAGCUUGGCCCACGCGCCCCUACCCCGACCACCUCGGGGUCCCGCGGGGCGCCGGUGGGGGCCUCUGUGCGGCUCGGGGCGCGCGGCUGGCUCUAGGGAGUUGCCUCCCCCAAGGCAGCAUGGAAAGAGACGGAACGGACAGGCCCUGAAAAGGCAGCCGGGGAAAGGGGCUCUUGAUUCUGCCAAGUCUUCUUCUUCCCCGCUCCCCCCAGUUCCGCUGAUCUCACCCAAAUUGGGCCGACGGGAGCUUCCCCAGCCUGGGACCGCCGGAGGGAUCCCGCAGCGCCGAGCUCAGUUGGAGCGGAGCCUUGUUUUCUGUUGCAAUUCCCACCCCCCUCGCUUCGCAGCAUCUCCAGCGAAUUAAAGCGGGACCGGGACGAGGGGCUUGCCCCUGGUCUCCCGGCGCGUUCGUCGGAGCAAAACAAUCACUCUGUUUAGAAAGGGCCAGUGUCACUGGGGAUCCCCCACUGACAAAGACUUGAGAGCUUUCCACGGCAGCGGCAGCGGCAGCGGCAGCAGCAGCAGCAGCAGCAACUACAGAGAAGAUAAUAUGUGGGAGACUAUGGACUCCAUGCUUCCGACAUAGGAACAGGACCAGGUGGGGAAGCUUCACUUCAGAGAGAAUGCUGGGAAUUUGCAGAGGGCGACGGAAAUUCCUGGCUGCCUCUCUGACUCUGCUUUUUGUUCCUGCUAUAACCUGGAUUUACCUGUUUGCUGGGAGCUUUGAAGAUGGAAAGCCAGUGUCACUGUCUCCAAUUGAAUCCCAGCCCCACAGCCCUCAUUACACAGCCACAAGUCAACGUGAAAGAGAAAGCCUGGAAGUUCGCAUGCGGGAAGUGGAAGAGGAAAAUCGUGCACUACGCAAGCAGCUCAGUCUGGUCCAGAGCCGGGGCAUGUCCCACCGACGAGGCAAUCACUCAAAAACUUACUCCAUGGAGGAAGGGACUGGGGACAGUGAGAGCCUCCGGGCUGGCAUUGUGGCAGGGAACAGCUCUGAAUGUGGACAACAGCCAGCAGUGGAGAAGUGCGAGACAAUCCACGUCGCCAUUGUAUGCGCUGGAUACAAUGCCAGUCGGGAUGUCGUCACUCUCGUCAAAUCAGUCUUGUUUCAUAGACGGAACCCUCUUCACUUCCAUCUCAUUGCAGAUGCCAUUGCCAAACAGAUCUUGGCAACCCUUUUCCAGACAUGGAUGGUCCCUGCAGUGCGCAUAAACUUCUAUGAUGCUGAUGAGUUGAAGUCUGAAGUGUCCUGGAUACCCAACAAGCACUAUUCUGGCAUCUAUGGACUGAUGAAGCUGGUUCUCACAAAGACACUUCCCCCCAAUCUUGAGCGAGUCAUUGUCCUUGAUACUGACAUUACCUUUGCUACAGACAUUGCUGAGCUUUGGGCUGUCUUUCACAAGUUCAGAGGUCAGCAGGUUCUUGGUUUGGUGGAGAACCAGAGUGACUGGUACUUAGGAAAUCUCUGGAAAAAUCACCGUCCCUGGCCAGCUCUUGGAAGAGGUUACAAUACAGGGGUUAUUCUGUUACUUCUGGAUAAAUUGCGCAAGAUGAAAUGGGAGCAGAUGUGGAGACUCACAGCUGAAAGAGAGCUAAUGAGCAUGCUCUCCACCUCAUUGGCCGACCAGGACAUUUUCAAUGCAGUCAUCAAACAGAAUCCCUUUCUUGUCUAUCAGCUUCCCUGUUUCUGGAAUGUCCAAUUGUCAGACCACACACGCUCUGAACAAUGCUAUCGGGAUGUUUCUGAUCUUAAGGUGAUACAUUGGAACUCGCCCAAAAAGUUGAGAGUAAAGAACAAGCAUGUGGAGUUUUUCCGCAACCUCUAUCUGACAUUCCUAGAAUAUGAUGGGAACUUGCUGAGGCGAGAGCUUUUUGGAUGUCCCAGUGAAGCUGAUGUCAACAGUGAAAAUCUACAAAAACAACUAUCUGAGUUGGAUGAAGAUGACUUAUGUUAUGAGUUUCGGCGAGAGCGUUUCACCGUCCAUCGGACUCACCUAUAUUUCCUACACUACGAAUAUGAGUUUGCUACAGAUAACAAUGAUGUGACCCUGGUGGCACAGCUCUCCAUGGACAGACUGCAGAUGCUUGAAGCCAUUUGUAAGCACUGGGAAGGGCCGAUCAGUCUGGCACUCUAUCUUUCCGAUGCAGAGGCCCAACAAUUUCUGCGCUAUGCUCAAGGUUCAGAGGUCCUCAUGAGCCGUCACAAUGUUGGAUAUCACAUAGUGUAUAAAGAGGGACAAUUCUACCCUGUGAAUCUCCUGCGAAAUGUGGCUAUGAAACACAUCAGCACUCCAUACAUGUUUCUAUCUGAUAUUGACUUCUUGCCUAUGUAUGGACUCUACGAGUACCUCAGGAAAUCUGUUGACCAACUUGACUUAGCCAAUACAAGAAAAGCUCUAAUUGUACCUGCUUUUGAAACUCUCCGCUAUCGCCUCUCUUUUCCAAAGUCAAAGGCAGAGCUGUUAUCUAUGUUGGACAUGGGAACACUCUUCACAUUCAGGUAUCACGUAUGGACAAAAGGGCAUGCACCAACCAAUUUUGCCAAGUGGCGAACAGCCACCACACCAUACCGAGUUGAAUGGGAAGCAGAUUUUGAGCCAUAUGUUGUGGUAAGGCAGGAUUGUCCAGAAUAUGACCGAAGGUUUGUUGGAUUUGGUUGGAAUAAAGUUGCACACAUUAUGGAAUUGGAUGCACAGGAAUAUGAAUUCACGGUGCUUCCCAAUGCCUAUAUGAUCCACAUGCCACAUGCGCCCAGCUUUGACAUCACCAAAUUCCGUUCCAACAAGCAGUACCGUAUUUGUCUCAAGACCCUCAAAGAAGAGUUCCAGCAGGAUAUGUCACGCCGCUAUGGCUUUGCUGCAUUGAAAUAUCUCACGGCUGAGAACAACAGCUAGCACCACCAAACUCUUAAUGGAAAAGAACCUGAAAAGAGGAGCUGUUUCAUAUGUGUGGACCCCGUUCUUAAAUUGUGGGACACCGUUGGUUGUUUUUGGUUUUGCUUUGUUUUUAAACCAUAUCAAACAGUUCUAACAGUACAGCUUUGGAACAAGUUAUUUCCGGACAUUGCUCAAAAGCACCACUCAUCCACCCCUUACAAAACGUUGGCUUGAUUGACCAAGAGGUGGAUACAAAAUGUAUGGGGUUGGGGGACAGCACUACCCACAUCUGUUGGCAGCACACAGGGUGGCAGUAACUGUGUAAAACAGAUGUUUAUUCUUAAAAUUGCACACAGAUCUUCUUUGGAAUAUAGGCUUUCAUGUUAACUAUUUAAUAAUAUCACAGUUUUUUUUUUAAAAAAAAAGAAAUGUAAAGGAAGAUCUUCAGAUUAUUAUCCUGUGAAUUAAAUGAACAAAAAGAGCCCCCUACUUCUCCUUAUUAAAGGAAUUUGCCUAUGUCACACAACUUUUGUCCAAUCACAGAGAACACUAUAAAGUAAGCUGAACCAGACUUCCCCUGUCAGAUGAAUGGGAAUUAUAUCCAACCAAUGGAACUUGUGAUAUAUUAUAUUCUGAAUAUUCACAGCAUUGUGUAUGCACUUCUGUGGCAUCACUCAAUCAUUGCUCUUAUGCUGCAAGAUGGACUCUUCUCCAACUCCCCACCACUAUCACCUGCUCUGUUCAUAUCCUUUUUUUUUCAAACUAAAUCACAUCCUUUCACACCUCAGAUGUAUCUCUGUAUCUAGCCAUUCCCCCAAGAAGAUCUGUACUUUUACUGACCUGGGAAGAUAUCCGUCACAUUCAAUUUUGCUUCCAUUUUAUGGGGGGUUUUUUUGAAGUAUUUUUUUGCCAUACAGAUCAAAUUGGAAUCUAAAGUAUUGGGAAGAAAGGAUUAAUAUUUAAUUAAUUAAUAAACUCAGGUGAUUGGGGAAAAUCAGUCCAAUAGCUCUUCCACUUCACAUACUGUACAUUUGGUGUGAGUGGACAUCAUUACUAAGCAGGAGAGUGGAACCACAGAAUUACAGACUUUGAGGAACUAAUUCAAUCAAGUGUUGUUAAACUAAAACAAAAACAAAAUGAAAUGAAAUGGUGUAUUGGUAGGGGAGAAAAGAAUGGGAAAAUCUUGAUGGUCUUUGCUUGGAGGUGAAUCAUUUCAGUUCACUCCCAUUAUUGUAUGUAGAAGUAAGUAUGGUUGAGAAUCUUGAACAAGGAACAUUAACACAGAGACAUGCAACCCAACACUGGAUAUUUUUUUUUUUUAUUAUUAUUUCUUCAGUAUUAAUGUUGUGUUUACAUGGAUGGAGGAGAUGAGGUUUAAUGCACUACCCUUAUUUGGGGCUAUUUGUAUUUGGUUGCAAUGUUAUUCAGAGAGCAGAAUUUGAAUAAAUCAGAAUUAUGUCUCUCUUCCUUUCCCCAAGAAUGUUAAAGAGUCUUACCAACAUCCUUACAUGACUAGUCACUGUGCAUUUUGUACUAUUAACUAUCCCAUAUUUCCUGUUUGGCAAGGCCAAUGUGACUUCUUUCAAUUUUUGUAGUAAACUGUCUGGGUUCCAAAGAUUUUCCAGGAUUUAUGCAUCAGUGCUGAUCUAUAACAAUUACACCCAAGAGAUCAAAGCUGCUCCUUCAAGUCAAAAGAAGUAGAAGAAUUCUUGGCUUGGGAUUUUGUUCAGAACUUCCAGAGAAACAAUAGUGCAUGCUUCACAUAUUUCUGUUUCCUUUUCUUCUACUGAAAGAUUAAUACUAGAGCAACACAUUUUGCUUCAUUUCCAUUCCACAAAGCUUGGGAACCACCUGAAGCUCAGCAAUCUCAUUGUUAGUAAAUGUAUGCAUUGCAUGGCUGACAUAUGCAUUUGGUUCCAAAGAGACCCCAGAAUCACUUUAGAGGAUUUAUGUUCCUAUUCAGAACACGUCUUUAUUUAAGAAUUUGCAAGAAAAAAGGUGGGAAGCUAAAGAGGAACUAUGUGAGAACAAAAUAAGGAGAAGCCACAUCAAUCUGUUCCUAGCAUAAUUAGCUCCAGAAAAACCGAGCUAGCAGCAAAUAAUAAAACUUGCCCCAACAUUACUUGACUAUAAUACUAUGCAAUACUAGUGGGUGUAUUGUAAAGAUGAGUGAAUAAGAAAUUUGAAUUAAGGUUUGUUUAAUUGUUCAUUUUGGACUUCACAAGUCUAUAGAAAAAGCCUGAAUUCUAAGACCUGCAUUGCUCAAAAUUUUCUGAUGUAAUUCGUAACUCAUAAUUUCAUACUUUUAUGUACAAAUAAUAUAGGCCUUGGGAAAAUACACGUAAAGGUAAUGCCUCUGAAUUGAAAGGUUUACAGGAUAUGUGUCUAUAGUUUUAUUAGCAACAGUAUGGAAGUCAUUUGCAAGAACCUUCUUUCAGGACUUUUUAAAUUAUUAUUCCAUGUCUGGUGGUCAUCAUCAAAUAACUAACCAAAUACGUCCCUGUUUCAAGGUAUAUAUUUGAGAAAGAUAGGCACAAGAAUGUAUUUCCCUAUGCAAAAUAUUGCUUGUAAAAAGUGCCUACUUUGGGAAGCCUGAAUAUUCAAAGAAUAUAGCUUUUUGUUUCCUAUAUAGUGCAGCCUAAAUAAAUUGUGGUUGGUGAGAAAAGUAAUAUGGUGUAAAUACAAAUGACGUUGACAGAAUUGCUCAUUUUUAGCAAGCCAUUCUAUGGCAUGUAACCAUUGACUAGUAUGCCUAAAGUAAGAAAAGACAGAAAGACAGAGAAGAUUGGUCAAGCAGGAAGCUACAAUGAAAUGCAAGCUAUCUGUUACUAGUUUAUUCUCUGGAAAAUAAGAAAUUUAAGAACAUAUUAAAGUGUGUGCCUUAGAGCAGGGCUUCAAUUUGCCUCUGCAGUGACAGGGCCAUGCACAAACUUAUAUGAAAGUAGACUCUAAAGUUUGGAUGCUGGUAUUGUAACGAAACAUGUCUGAACAUAGAAUAAUAGAGAGAAUCUCAAGUAAUAUCUGAUCCAGCCCACUGCAUAGUCCCAUAGACCAGUUAUUUGCCAUUUGCACACGCUGAGACAGCUAGCAAAGCUGCCUGUUCGUGCAGAUCCUGGAGAGCCUUCAAGCAGUCAUAUGAGAUGAAGAGAAAUGGAAGCAGAAUGAAGGAAUAAGUGUUGACACUUAAAGCAUGAUUUAAAUUAUAGUUUAAUUUAAUUAAUUUGUUCAUUAAUCUGUUCAUAGUUUAAUGAUAUGUCAAACCUAUUCAUUUCUCUAAAGAGCAUUUUAUAUAUAGUCAGAAUGAAGGUUAUAAUUAUAAUAAUAAAUAAUUAUAAUUAAUUAUUUAGUUAUGAACCUGCCUCAAAAAGAUAAGAAUCUAAUGGGCUUUGUCUGGUGCCUAUUCUCUAUUUUACUGAUAUAGCUUUCCUACUUUCUGAAGCAUCAAAAUGUAGAUAAGUUAUUACAAAGUCAAAGAUGAAGAGAAAAUAUUUUUUAAUUUUUCCACAAUCUUGUAUGGGCAAUCUUUACUUAGCUAUUAAAAUUAAAAUCUCUUUUAGAACAACUUUUCCCAGCGUGGGGCCCUUUUAAAUAUGGGUAUUGUAUUUACAUUUCUAAAAUUUCAGAGACAGCAGUGUUGUCUGGGAUUUGGAGAGCUGAAAUCCACACAUCUGGAGAUCAGUCAAGUUGAGUGGGCUGUUGCAAAACAUUUCAGUAUUUAUCAUCUCUUUUGCAUUAAUGUGAGAUUUUUCUCCCUUCUAAUGUAUGCAUUCAAAAUGCAAACAACUUUUAUGUUUUGAAAAGUGAUAUAAACAAUAACUAAAAAUAUGAAUGGCAUAUUGCCAAACACAGUAGAAAUAUUCCAUGUACAAUUACCUAACAUUGUGUUCCAUGGAACAGUGACAAAUACUUCUAAAGAAUGGCAUAAGUCACACUGUUAAUAUUUUAGUACAAGUGUAACAUUAAACAUUAAAAUUUAA